CUCAAGUAGACAACACUUCUUGGUAGUCAGGUCACAGGACAUCUCUGAGCUAGGAAAGCAAGGGGAGAUACUCGGGAAAGCAACCACAGGUAGGUAAGAUCAGAGGUUAGAAACUUGGAAUGAGAAGCCACAGUUAGUGGGAGAACACAGAAAGUCAACCUAAAGCCAAGGAAGUCUGAGCAUGGAGAAAGGACCUUCAUGGAAUACUGGAACAUUCCCAGAGCAGAGACCUUGAUUCAGUGGACAUAAAGUGCUAUAAGGGGAGUGAAACCUGCAGUCGGUUCUGGUCUAGGAAGCUGCCUGCCCCAGGUCACUUGGGAGUGGGAAAUCUACCUACAGUUUCUGAACAUGGUGCUAUGUUCAAUAAAUAGAGGGACUGUAUGUUUUGAGGCUUUUUAACAUAAUCCAAGGUUCUCCAUACCACUUUUACAACCUCUCAAAGGAAAGGGUGAGUAAGGCCCAGGGCAAGUUACUGUGGCCUUUGGCUGUAUUUUGGAGCCUGUAUAUAGGGAACUUGCCAGACGGGCUCCAGGGAGGCCCAGUUAGACUUAAGUCAGACAAUCUGGGCCUAGGUGACCUAGCAAGGGACUGAGCAGCCCUGGCUGCCUCUCUAGUUGGUCAGGUAGCUUAGGGAGGAGGUCUUGGACAGGCUCUCAGCCUGUGGCUUGGGUGGACAGCCCUUCCUGGACCAUGUUAGUAGCCUGGGUGGUGGACUCCUCUCCGGAAACUCCAUGUUCUUGGGGCAGGUGGGGAGGUGGCCUCUGCCCUCCAUCCUCUUGACUUUGGGUGGGAGAUGGCCAGUGGGAAAGUAUGGAGCCCCUGUAUGUAGCCUGCAGAGGGAGAUUUGUAAGCCAAGGAGUUCUGAUGCAGUGCUCCCACCAAGUAAGUGUCCUGCGCAGUUAGUACUUGGUUUGCUGAGAUUGAUCUUAGCCACUGGCCAGCUAUGGGGGAUGCAUCAGUCUCAAGUCAGGCUUUGCUCCAGACUUCCUGCCCAAAACACUAGCCAGACCAGAGGGGCACUUUCUGUCAACCCUGGUCUUUUGAAACCACUAAGACAGUAUUCUGAGUGUCUGCUAGCCAUGUCAUCACAGUCGCCUUGUUCACUUGUAUUGUCACUCCCUCCCUACUGCGGUCCAGGAGGAAGAUGAGCAAACUCAAGGGCACUCCAUUCUGGGUUUAGUAUGCAUGGGUUAUGGUAUGGAUCCCUGAGCAUGGGCAUUGGGUGUACGCCUGACAUCGCUAGGUAUGGGGAAGCAGGACCACUGGGCUGGUACAAGGGCUUUCCUGGCAUUUCCAAGCAGCAUGAGGUAGAAAUAUACAGUGUAGCCCACCUAAGGAUCACAGUGCAGACGAGUGCCGAGGUGAUUCUCAAUGCACAUAGGUAUUUCAAGGCUCCUGUGUGCUGUAGGCACACAUGCAUGUACCCAGAGAUUGCUAGGAUGACGUUUAUUCGACCAUGUGAGGGUCUGCAGAGACUGAGCCUAGAUUCCAGAUUGUGGGGUUUGUGUGGGGCCUUAGGAACAGAGCAAGGACCCCUUGCACGUGCCCCUUGCUUGGUUUUUGUUAUUGGCCAGAGUUGCCUGAGGCCAUCUAUAGCUCUGGUUGUCUCCUAGCAAGGGUGGUAUUGCACAAGGGCUACUGUGAACAAUUGGCAGCCAUGCAUAGCCUGCAGGUGAGCAAAUUCAGCUCAGAGAAUAUAUAAGAAGGAGAUAACUGGCAAUUGCUGUUCACACAGACAUGAAUGACCUCUGACCAGGUGGAACAUAAGUCAUCCAGCCUCAAGAAACAUCCCAAGAUCUGAGCAACUCAGCAGGGAGACCUGGGUCCUUCAAGACAGGAAAGGUUCUAGAUCCCCUAAUCAAGCUGGGCUGUUGGGCUAAGGGUGGGUAAGGAUGAGGGCACCAGGACUUCAAUCAGGCUAAGCUAGGGUGGGAUGGAGCCAGUGUGUAGUUGAAAAUAGAGCUGAGGCAGCACUGGACCCCCAUGGGAACCAUAGAGCCGGGGCAGGGGUUCUUUAAUCCCAGGCCUGGUCUGCUGAACCAGCUUGCCUAGAGUUGUAGGAGCUGGACCCUGGGGUUUCAAGGUGGAUCAGGAGAGCUUUGCUAAGGGCAGAACUUUCCUAACCCAUGCAGGCUAGAGUGGCUCAUGAAAGGAGACAGUGCAGGGGUAUCCCAGGUAGCAGUAGUGUGGGCAUGGUCCUGUUCCUAGUAAACACUUGUCGGGUUCUUGGGUAAACAGGAAGGAAGGGAACAGAGGUCAUGGACCCCAUCCCCAACUUUUAGUGGUUGGUCCAAGGUCCUUUCCCCAGAUGGGCUGCUGGCAGACUCCUAAUGCUGCGUACCCAAGGCGCACACACUGGCCUUUAUCCUCAAGAAGCCUGUUGGACAAUCUUGCUGUUUCCUACUGCCCCUGGUGGGACUCCCAGUGUGAUGUGCAAUGAGUCCUUUGUGCUGGGAUCAUCUCAUUUUUGGAUACACAACACAGGCCGCAGCAUAUAGAGGGGAGGGGAAAAGACUUAAGGGCGGGCAGAGUGGUGACGUCAGGGAAGAGAGCCUUUCUUAAGCCCCAGCCUUGUCACAGCAAGACCGAGAAGUAUUGGGACGUGAGGAACUCUAUUCUUGGAGCAGGUUAGUGAUUCAUGUCUGGCCCUGGGGCGGGGUGCAUGAGGGACCACCAGAGAACCCACUCGGGAAAGACUGGGGAAAGUGCUAAGACCCCGGAAGCAGAGGAGCCAAAUACGGUCUGGAGACCUAAGCAGGUUCUUUGGAUCCUGUGAGGGUCUCAGGUACGUUUGGAAUUGUGGGUAUACAAAAAGGGCUAGUGUCCAGCAGAGGGAAUCUUAUGUUCAUUAACUGUGACCAUCUUGGCUGUGAGGUAAGAUGGGGUCUGGCUUCAGAUUGAGUCUAGGAGGCAGGGCCAUUUUUUUGACGCUUUGUAGUAAGGGGACAGCAGGCCAUAGCACUGAGAACUUGGGUGCAUGCGCGCGCGCACACACACACACACACACACACACACACACACACACACACACACAUAUAUAUAUACUCUAGAGCAAUGGUCCCUAAUGCUGCAAUCCUUUAAUACAGUUCAUGUGGUGACCUCCAACCAUAAAAUUAUUUUUGUUACUACUUUAUCACUAAUUUUGCUACUGCUAUGAAUCAUAAUAUAAAUAACUGUUUUCUGACUGUCUUAGGCAAUCCCUGUGAAAGGGUCGUUCGACAACCCUCCCUGCCCCCCAAGCUCACAGGUUCACUGCUACUUUGGGGUAUCAGCCUGCAGCCUUCCUGCUGGUCUAGGCCCUGCUCACCGGGAGCUGGAUUUGCUGCAGAGGGUACCCUUGAGCAAACAGAGAAGUUGUGCAGCUGCAGGUCCUUUGCUCAGUGGGGUUGGGGAUCUGGGUUCCUCAGGACUGACUCCUGCCACCUCAGGCUCAUGAACUCCAGACUGGGUCACGUUUGUGUCCCCUCCUUCAAAGUGCCACCCCUAGGCAGUGGACUCUUGGUCUCUCUCAAGCAUUGUCUCCCAACUUCUGAGAGGUCUCAAGAGUUCCCCAAUACUCACCAUCCCUACUCAGUGUCUCCUGGUAUGCCUGCUUCUGCUCUAAUCAGAAUUUGGCCUCUCCUAUCCCUUUUGCUUGAGGGCAAGCCACCCAAUCUGAGGACCUUGAUGUUAAGAUUCUCUCUAUGCCAAUCCCAGACAUUGUGUGGAGCUGCUGGGGCCACAGGAUCUUUUGCUGAUCCCCACUGUGUGUAUCUGUUGUGGAUGUAAACACCAGAAGGGGCAUGGGCAGGUGUGCUGGACUGAACCUUGCUCAGGGAGAAUUGUUUCCUGUAGAGGGUACCUGGAGUACACAGGAGGUUUGUGCAGCUCAGGGUCCUGUGUUCAGCAGCACCCCUCAUCAUGGCUCCAGUGCUUGUCUUAGAUCCUGUCUUCAUCAACAUCCCAUAAUGACAAGCCAUAGGCCUCAGGACACCACAGAUGUCUGUGGAGAUAUCCUGCUGGUCUGUGGGAAUGGAUGGGGAACUAGCUUUCUGGUUGGGGGGGGCAGGUGGAUGGAUAAAUGGUGAAGGGCUGUGGCCUCUCCUCCCACAGGCUGCUCACUAUGAGCCUCCGAGGCUCCCACCUCCACUUCUGCCUCUGGCUGCUGUUGGGCGCCGCCUUGGCACUGGGGCAGGGACAAGUAAGUGGCCGUCUGAGGCUGGCAGUACUGCCUGAAGACCAGCUGCAGAUGAAGUGGAGGGAAACGGAGGGAAGUGGCCUUGGCUACUUGGUGCAGGUGACACCUAUGGCAGGGGACUUGGAGCAGGAGCUGAUACUGACCACCAAGACCCCCAAGGCCACGGUGGGUGGCCUGAGCCCUUCCAAGGGCUAUACCUUGCAGAUCUUCGAGCUCACUGACUCUGGGCCUGUCCUACUGGCACGAAGGGAGUUUGUGAUUGAGGAUCUGAAGAGCCAUUCCUUGGGCAGAGGCAACCGGAGGCUGGUGGUACCCACCCUGGAGCCUACCUCCUUCCCUCUGGUAGUCCCAGACCCCGAGAAAACAUCUGCUCCCAGCAUCACUUCCACCUCAAGCAGGGACCUGCCCGUUCUUGCUGACCCUCAGUUCCACUGUACCCCUCCAACACCUGCUGAUAUAAUCUUCCUGGUGGAUGGGUCCUGGAGCAUCGGCCACAGACACUUCCAGCAGGUCAAAGACUUCCUGGCCAGCAUCAUCACACCCUUUGAAAUAGGACCUGAUAAAGUCCAAGUAGGUCUGACUCAGUACAGUGGAGAUCCCCAGACCGAGUGGGACCUGAACUCCUUCCACACCAAGGAGCAAGUGCUGGCAGCAGUACACAGCCUACGCUACAAGGGAGGAAACACGUUCACAGGCCUCGCCCUAACCCAUGUGCUGGGGCAGAAUCUGAAGCCAGCAGCAGGUGUGCGUCCAGAGGCUGCCAAGGUGUUGAUUCUGGUGACAGAUGGCAAGUCUCAGGAUGAUGUGCAUACAGCUGCCCGCAUCCUUAAGGAUCAGGACAUUGAUGUCUUUGCCGUGGGCGUGAAGAAUGCCGAUGAGUCUGAACUGAAGCUCCUGGCAUCACAGCCACUGGACAUCACUGUCCACAAUGUGCUGGACUUCCCUCAGCUAGCCACCUUAGCUGCCCUGCUCAGCCGCCUCAUCUGCCAAAAAAUCCAGGGCAGGAGCCCAGUCAAACCAGCAGCAGCUACUCCAGUCCUGGAGCCCCUCCCCAUGCCUACUAGACUGAUUCUGACCCACAUCACCUCGUCCAGUGUCCACCUGUCUUGGACUCCGGCCUUAUACCCACCCCUCAAGUAUCUAAUUGUAUGGCAGCCUUCUAGGGGUGGUGCCGCCCAGGAGAUGGUGGUGGAGGGGCCUGUCUCAUCCAUGGAGCUUCGAAACCUGACCUCCAACACAGAAUACUUGGUCUCUGUGCUUCCUGUCUAUGAGAGUGGGCUUGGCAAGAGCCUGCAAGGCCGGGCAACCACAGCACCCCUGCCUCCUCCUGAGGCACUGACUCUAGCUGCAGUGGCACCCAGAACACUACGCCUCACCUGGCAGCCCUCUGCAGGGGCCACUCAGUACCUGGUGCGGUACUCACUGGCUGCCUCCGCUGGGGAGGAGCGAAAGAGAGAGGUACUUGUGGGACAGCCUGAAGUACUGCUGGAUGGCCUGGAGCCCGGCCAGGACUACGAGGUUUCAGUGCAGGGCCUUUGGGGAGCAGAGGCCAGUGAGGCCCGGAGCAUCCGCGCCAGGACCUCUGUCCUGGGACCCCCAAGGCACCUGAGUUUCUCAGAUGUGAACUACAACUCAACCCGUGUGUCUUGGGAAGCCCAGAGGCCUGUGCGCUUGGUCAAGGUCAGCUAUGUCUCUGGUGAUGGCAGCCACUCUGGGCAGGUUCAGGUUCCUGGGAAUGCCACCUCAGCCACCCUGGGCCCACUUUCUUCCUCUACCAUGUACAAUGUCCGAGUCUCCUGUUUUUACUUUGGGGGUGGUUCCUCCAUGCUGACUGGCCAUGUGACCACAAAGAAAGCUCCUAGCCCUAGCCAGCUGUCUGUGAUGGAGCUCCCAGGAGAUGCAGUAAAGCUGUCAUGGUUGGCCACUGACUUGUCUGGUGUACUUGUGUAUCAGAUCAAGUGGAUACCCUUGGGAGAGGGGAAGGCCCAUGAGAUCUCUGUACCAGGGACCCUUGGUGCAGCCAUCUUGCCUGGCCUGAUGAGGCAUGUGGAAUAUGAAAUCACCAUCCUUGCCUACUACAGGGACGGCACUCGCAGCGACCCUGUGUCUCUCCGCUACAUCCCCUCUGCAGCAAGCAGAAGCCCCCCGUCCAGCCUGGUCUUGUUCUCGAAGACCCCCAACAGCCUGCAGGUCAGCUGGACACCACCAAGUGGUCAUGUUCUCCAUUACCGGCUCAACUAUGCACUGGCCUCAGGCUCUGGACCAGAGAAAUCGAUCUCUGUACCAGGCACCAGGAGCCAUGUUGUACUCCCUGAUCUGAUGUCUGCCACCAAGUACAGAGUCCUGGUCUCAGCUGUCUAUGGAGCAGGCGAGAGUGUAGCCGUGUCUGGCACAUACCGCACAGCAGCCUGCCCAGCCCUGCACCCGGACAGUCCCCUCUCAGGGUUUGACCUGAUGGCGGCCUUUGGCCUCGUAGCGAAGGAGUACGCCUCUAUUCGAGGGGUAGCCAUGGAGGCCUCAGCCUUGGGGACGGCCCCGACCUUCACUCUCUUCAAGGACGCUCAACUGAUGCGGCGGGCCAGCGACAUCUACCCAGCAACCCUGCCACCAGAAUACACCAUUGUCUUCCUCGUGCGUCUGCUCCCUGAGACACCCCGAGAAGCCUUUGCACUGUGGCAGAUUAUGGCUGAGGACUUCCAGCCCAUCCUUGGGGUUCUGUUGGAUGUUGGCAGAAAGUCUCUGACUUACUUCAACCAUGAUCCCAGGGCGGGCUUGCAGGAGGUCACCUUUGACCUGCAGGAUGCGAAGAAGGUUUUCUUUGGAAGCUUCCACAAGGUACACGUGGCUGUAGGUCACUCCAAGGUCAGACUUUAUGUGGACUGUCGGAAGGUGGCUGAGCGACCCAUUGGGGAUUCUGGCAGCCCACCCACAGCUGGUUUCAUCACACUGGGGAGGCUAGCCAAGGCUAGGGGGCCACGGAGCAGCUCAGCCACAUUCCAGCUCCAGAUGUUGCAAAUCGUGUGCAGUGAUUCCUGGGCAGACAAGGACAGGUGCUGCGAGCUUCCUGCAUUGAGGGAUGGAGAGACAUGCCCAGCCUUCCCUUCUGCCUGUGCCUGCUCAUCUGAGACCCCUGGGCCACCAGGGCCCCAAGGCCCUCCAGGCCUCCCUGGAAAGAAUGGCACUCCAGGACAGCAGGGACACCCAGGGCCCAAGGGAGAGCAGGGGCCACCUGGACAAACAGGACCCGAAGGCCCUGGAGGUCAGCAGGGGUCACCAGGGACCCAGGGCCGUGCAGUCCAGGGACCCAUGGGACCACCAGGAGUCAAAGGAGAGAAGGGAGAUCAUGGCUUCCCAGGCUUGCAGGGCUUCUCUGGCCAGCAAGGCAUCCCAGGGAAAACUGGCCUACAGGGACCAAAGGGAAUGAGGGGACUGGAGGGACCUGCCGGCCUGCCUGGACCACCUGGCCCUAGGGGGUUCCAGGGCUUGGCAGGGGCCAGAGGCACCGACGGGGAGCGAGGACCCCCAGGGGCUGUGGGGCCCACAGGUCUACCAGGGUCCAAAGGUGAACGAGGAGAGAAGGGAGAGCCACAGUCCCUUGCCACCAUCUUCCAGCUGGUGAGCCAGGCCUGUGAGUCAGCCAUACAGACACACGUGCUGAAGCUGAAUUCCUUCCUCCACGAGAAUGCCCGUCCACCAAUGCCCUUCAUGGUAGAGACAGCACAGCCAGGAAGACAUGGAUCUGUAGAGCCUCCUGGAUCACACAAUGAAGCUCUACUUCCUGGAGACUGGGGACAUAUCUACCACCCUGAGGACCAAGGUGAGCCUGCAUCUAUCAGCCACAUAGGCAGCCCUGGACUGCAGGAGGGGCAGACCCCCAACCCCCUGGAGUGAACAGGUAAAUUUCUGUCAUCGUGCCAGCCAUGGGGCAAGAAGGAGGGAUAGCUGGAGUGAAGGGUAUCCACUUGGGCGGAACAGUAAGAGAGUGGGAGAUGGUGCUGUCUCCACCUGAGAAGAGGCACUGUCCAUGAGAGUGGGGUGAGGCUGGCUGUCCUGCAGACCCUGGGUGUGCCAGCAAGGGUGAGGAGCCACAGACCGAAGCAGGGGUUGCGCUGCAGGAGUGCCGGAUGCUCAUGGAGCUUAGAGGAGCCCUAUAAUGGGAGGUGGCUUACAGAGACGGGACCUCAGGUACACAUUCCAGUGAACAGCUGGCCAGAUGAGGGCUGCUGAGGUCUGAGACAGAGCACUCUGGGCAUUCUGAGCGUGGGCGAUAGAGUUGAUAGUAGGGAGGCAGGGAACAGCACCAGAUGACCUCUCCCCUUUCUCGUGAUGUCCCGAGCAAGCUUCCCAUGCGCAAACCGGCCUUAGGAGGUGUUUCCAGGUGCAAGUGUGGGGGAGGGUACAGUGAACGCAGGUGGGGCUCGAGACCAGGUUAACACAGGUGAGCUGCGUGAACACAAGUGCAGGUGAGCACAGGUGGCGCAGGUGGGUUCAGGCGUGAGCAACAGCAUUGUCUUCAAGUAGAUGAUGGAGCCGCAGACAUCUGGGAGCAGACUCAGCAGGCACAAGGGCUUAGGGGUGCUAAAGCGUGUGUGUGAUGGAAAGUGGGUGGCAGGAGUGGGGAGCCAACUGUGGACAAGCUGGAGCCCUGGGUGAGUACAACAGCCUUGUCCCUGGUUGGGAGAUCAGAGAACAGCUCAAGGUUCUGCUGUUUCCGUGUCACAACAGAAGCUACUGUGUGGAGCCUUCAAGUCCUCACUUUGGGGAAGCCUGAGCUCACUGUGCCGGGAGGCUGCAGUUCAGCUGGACCUGCCCUUCUCUCUUGCCAAGACCCUCCCUCUGCCACUUCAAAUCACCCUGUACUUCCCCAGCACCAUCAUCCACGUAUUUGUCUCAACGCAGCAAAGGACAACUACAGCCUCGUGGGACAGAGAAGGGGAACCAAAGGAAGACCGUGAAGUGGCAGGAGUCGGAAGGGAAAAGGGUGGUGUUCCCCCCAGAGUCCCUUCUUUGUACCGCUUCCUAGUUCAGAUAAACCUCUGCUUGCUCAUCAGCCUAUGUGAGGUGUCUGACCACUGUCUCCCACCACUCAUGUCACCUUCUAACUUAAAACUCUCCAGGAUUCUUGGGCCUCCUCAAAGCCCAGACUCCUUCCUCUGGGCCCAUCAAGGCUCAGCAUGGAUCCUGUGCUGACCCUUUCUCAUCCUCUACCCAAGGCAGAGGUAGUCAACUGCUCAGUCACUGCUCAUCUUCACCCUACUAAGGUACAGACCUGUUCACCACUCCAUUUCUCAGGACUGCUUGUCAUUCCAGGGGCGAAGCACUGGAAUGGCCUCCUGCCAAUUUUAGCACACAACAGGCCAUCGACUAUGGCUACCCCUGGGCCUUUGCCUGUGCUGUCAUGUCUGCUGCGCUCUUCCCAGGGCUAUAUCCCCGACACCGUCUCCCCCUCAGAACAGUGCUGUCACUUCAGCCCUACUGUCCUUUUCAGUCCCCUUUGCUUCUGGGUACGAGCAGUGCCCACCUGCCCUGUCC